AUGCUUAUUUCUAUGGCAUUCCUUGAACAUAAAACCUACCAAGAAUUUGUUAAUGGUAGUACAAACGAACUAUUAAUAUUCUGUAAAUUACUAGCCACCAAAGGAACAAGUCAAGCAACCUACAGAGAGCGUUUAAAAUUACUGUCCACGAUUUUCGAAGAGGAGGCAUGUGUCACAAGCAUAUUUGUCAUCAAUGCCAAAUGUAAUUUGCUACACAUUGUAACAAAAUUAUUGAGUGAUAUACCAUCAGCAAUUGAAAAAAUGAAAUGUGACAAAGGAUGCACUUAUAAUGACUUAGCAUCUCCAUUUAUUAUAAUUAAUCUAUCAAAUGGAGUGGAUUUACUACAGAAAGAUAUUAAUAACUAUUAA